ACCCACCAUUGAAAUUUCACUCAUCUUUGCUUUUUUCCCUUUAAAAAAAGUUCACUUAUUUGUUAUUUCCCAGCAAAUAAUCACUCACAAACAGUAAAACAACCCACCCAAAAGAGAAACAAUUUCAGGGACACAUCCAGAGCCAACCUACAGUCGACAGAGAGAGCUCUUUGCACAAAAUGCUAAAGCUCCAAACUUUCCUCCAAAUCCUGUCCCUCUCUCUCUUUCUCCUCCUACCCAGUUCCCCAUUCUGCAAUGGGUUCCCAGAUUCGGUAGUUAAAAGCGGCGGCGGCGUUGUUGGCAGCGGCUUCUAUGAAGAAGAGGCGGAAAUGGAGUCGGAGAUCAGCCGGAGGCUGAUGCUAAUGCAGAGGAAGUACAUAAGCUACGCGACGCUGAAGAGGGACAUGGUCCCUUGCGACAAUCCAGGUGCUUCCUACUACGAUUGUCACCCUCGUGCCGCCAAUACCUACAAUCGGGGUUGUGAAGUGAUUACCAGGUGUAGAGGAAUCAACGACGUUUCUGAUUGAUUUCUGUUUAAAGAGAUGAAAUGAAAUCAAGUCACUUUGUUUUCCUCUCAAGCCCAGAUUCAAUGCAUUUUUUCGGUUUCUGUCUUUUCUUCUCUGUAUAUUUUGAGGAUCCUAUAUGAAGUGGAAGUGUGCAGAUCUUGGGGUUUGUCCAUAUUUCUCUGUGUAUGGAGUUGGAUCUCAGGGGUUUGCUAAUUUGGGAUUGCAAUUUCCUGGGUUCAUGUUCAUGUCAGCAGACAGCAGGCAUAUGUUUCUGCAUUCUUGUGUAUCAAUUCAAAAGCAUCAGCUCUUUCAAAAGGGUUUUGCCUGAUGUAGUUUCACUAAUCUUGAAGUGAAGCACUGAAAAGAUUCCUCCUUUUUUAUGGAGUCUCUGCCACCAUUGAACUCCAGUCUCUAAGGUAUGGGUUCAGGUAUUCAGUGUUACCCAAAGUGGAACUGUGUUUUCUUAAAAGAAAUUUCCUCUUUCAACUAUCUAGUCUGGAUUCUGCCAUUCUGGACACGAAGUGCUGUUUUUGCCGCUUCGAGUGAGGGCAUGCUUGGAAGUGAAAGUUGUAUCGCCUUGGCCAUAAAGGGUAUCAGGCAAUUUGAGUGGAGGAUGGCUUGGAAAGUUCUUCCUCAGCAUCUGCUGCCUAAGUUUGGCCAGAAAAUGGAUGUGCUGUGGAAUUGGAUAUGAAUGCCUCCAUUAAAGUGGUGGGUUGCUUUUUGAUUUCGACCUACAGAAUCAAAUCUGCUGCGAUGAAAACCAUGCUGUUCUGGCUCUCAUCCCAGUUCCGGGAAACUCAGUAUUAGCUUUCGGACCAACAUAAAGCGAUUGUGCUACAUCAGCUGCGUAAGGUAGAUCCAGUCUAUAUGAUUUUGUCACGAUUUUCUCAUCGUUGAACUAUUUUCGUAAACCUCUGCUCUUUUUUUUUCUUUUUUUUUUUGUAGAAAAUAAACCUCUACUAUACUG